AGUUUAAUUAUAUAUAAUAAUGCAUUGAUAUGUUAGUUUUGCACAAUUAUCAAUCAGUAAAAUGUCUCAUAAAGAAUAUUGAAAAAUGGGAUCUUCGUGUUCCAGUAUUAAUAAUAUAUCAACUGAGUUUAAAGAUAAACCUUCAGGAUGUGUACCUUGUCCGGAAGGAAAUACACCAGGAAAUCCUGGUACAUUUGAAGACAUUCACAAAAAAUUUGAAAAUUUGAAUCCAAAGAUUUUUGAAGGUGCAAGAAUUUUACUUAAAAAAAAUAUAAGUGAACACUUUUAUGUAACACAUACAUUUAAUAUGAAUUCCAAUAUGAAAUCAAUUCUGUUAACAAAUCAAUUUCAAAAACAAUAUGGAUAUAAGUUUGGAGCAUUUUAUAUUGGAACUAAACAAGUGGGAAAUACAGAAAAAUAUCCAGUACUUUAUGGGGACAUUAAUCCAAAUGGCCAUUUAAAAGCAACAUUUAUUCAUACUCUUGGUUGUCGAUAUAGAAUUAAAUUAUGUACGAACGUUAAAAAAAGCAAAUUUAUAAAUUCAAAAGCAAGUAUCGAAUAUCGAUCAGACGAUUUCACAUUGUCAGUUACAUUGGUAGAUCCUAUUAUUUUUAAACAAGAGGGUACAUUGGUAUUGCAUUUUUUGCAAGCAAUUACAUCAAGAAUAACUUUAGGAGUUGAAAUUGCUUAUAACGCAAUUUCUAGUUCAAAUGUAGGAUCAAAAACGAAUAUAGCUGGCGCUUUUCGGUACAGUACUGGUUUUCGUACCAUUUCCACUACUGUUGGUCAAGCUGGAGUUCAUAUCUGCUAUCAUCAAAAGCAAAGCGACCAGCUACAAAUGGGACUUGAAUUUCAAUCAAAUAUAAUAAAGAAAUUAACAAAAUUUAGACUACUUUAUAAACUCGACAUACCACAGACUAAUUCGAUUUUUAAAGGAUUUGUGGACUCAGAAUGGAAAAUUGGUGCGGUUUUCGAAAAAAAAUUGUACCCUAUACCAAAGGCGUCAUUAGCUCUUAGUGGAAUUCUAGAUCAUAUUGAACAAACUUUGCACAUUGGUAUUGGACUCAUUAUUGAAAAGUAGAUUUAUAAGAAAACAUCAUUAUACAAUUAAAUUAAGAUUAAACGAUUAUAAAAUAUUAAA